AUGUGCUGUAAAUACAAGGGCAGAAGAAGAGUGACCCGAGACACAGGUGGCGGUAAUUCAUUAAAGGUUCCUCGUUUAUUCUAUGCAGCUUCUCUCUUCCUCAACCAUUGUUUGUUGGAUAUGAGUGCAGGUUCAAGACACAAUGAAAGCCAAAACCGAGAAAGGAUGACACAGAAUACAAGCUAAUGAAUACUAACUCAAGAAACAUAAAGUUUUUGUUUUCAUAAAAGUCAUAACAUGAAAAGGUUCCUCAGCAAUUUU